AUGGCCAAGGAAGGAGCCGGGAAAGCCGAGGAGACGGAGCAGAUGAUCGAGAAGGAGGCGCCCGAAGGCGGCGGCGGCGGCGGCGGCAACGGCGCCGGGGAUGCUAAGGAGAUGCGAGCCGUGGUGCUCUCCGCCUUCGGGGGCCUGAACAAGCUCCGGGUGUCUAAAAAAGUGAUGCCGGAGCCUCAGGAAGGAGAGCUGAAGAUCCGCGUGAAAGCCUGUGGCUUAAAUUUUAUUGAUCUGAUGGUUCGUCAGGGGAACAUUGAUAAUCCACCCAAAACACCACUUAUACCUGGAUUUGAAUGCUCUGGAAUUGUAGAAGCUCUGGGUGACAAUGUGAAAGGUUAUGAGAUUGGAGACAGAGUCAUGGCCUUUACCAACUACAACGCCUGGGCUGAGGUUGUGUGCACACCCGUUGACUUUGUGUACAAAAUUCCCGACGACAUAAGCUUCUCCGAAGCGGCUGCUUUUCCUAUGAACUUUGUAACUGCAUACAUGAUGCUCUUCGAAGUUGCCAACUUGCGAGCAGGCAUGUCAGUGCUGGUUCAUUCUGCAGGGGGCGGAGUGGGACAAGCUAUUGCUCAACUCUGCUCAACAGUCCCCAAUGUUACUGUCUUUGGAACGGCUUCUUCCUUCAAGCAUGAGGCCAUCAAAGAGUCUGUCACCUACCUGUUUGACCGAAAUAUGGAUUAUGUCCAAGAAGUUAAAAAGAUCUCUGCAGAUGGUGUAGACAUUGUCCUGGAUUGCCUUUGCGGUGAAAAUACUGGUAAAGGCCUCAGUCUACUCAAACCACUUGGGACUUACAUUUUAUAUGGCUCAUCAAACAUGGUUACUGGGGAAACCAAAAGUUUCUUCAGCUUUGCAAAAUCAUGGUGGCAAGUGGAGAAAGUAAAUCCUAUCAAACUCUACGAAGAAAACAAAGUCAUGGCUGGAUUUUCUCUGUUGAACCUGCUUUUCAAACAGGGUCGAAGUGGCCUUGUCACUAAAGUAAUGGACAAUCUCAUAAAGCUUUACAACGAGAAGAAGAUCAAACCAGUGAUUGAUUCACUGUGGGCACUGGAAGAGGUGAAGGAAGCAAUGCAAAGAAUCCACGACAGAGGUAAUAUAGGAAAAUUAAUUCUGGAUGUGGAGAAGUCACCUACUCCUUUGAUGGCCAACGAUAGCACAGAGACCAGCGAAGCUGCCGAAGAGGAAGAAGACCACGAGGGGGACAAUGAGAACAAAGAGUGUAUACCAUUCAUCCAACAGUAGUUGGAAAAGGUGGGGAUGAGAGCUGGAAGAGU